AUGUCUGUUUCUAAAUCAACUGACAAAUACGUUGGCGAAGUUAUCAAAUGUGUUGAACCUAACGAGGUUGUUGAAUUGGCUAAAUCAGCCGCCCAAUUAGUUGGAAAGCCAACCCUCAAUUCUAUCAUCGACGAAAAUCAUGAUGCCUAUUUGGCAAUUAAACAGACCGAAUCCUUCAUGAAGCAAUAUUGUCAUCAGCAAUGGCAAAAAGAAUACAAUUAUCCAUGGAUCGGUGAAACUACUACUCCUUCUAAAUCAUCUAAGGCUGGUGCAUUCGAAGAUUGUAUAAUUUAUGAUAAUGCGAUAAAUUUCAAUUUUACUGCUUAUUUAAAGGCCAAAUUCGAUAACUUCAUAUUAUCUCCAACCGAAGUUAAUCAGUUCGUCAAAGAUAUUUUAAACAUUAUAAAAUCCGAAGGUUCUACCGUUCACAGCACUUUGCGAGGUCAUUGCAAUAAAUUCGAUUUUAAAGUCGCGAAUAAGAUAACUUCUCAUUGUGACUUCUAUUUUACCAGUGCUUCAGUUCCUGAUCAAAGUGGAAAGCCAUUUUUGGUUAUGUAUUG